AUGGCGCAGCCCUUGGAAGAUGCGUACAUCACGCUUCUGAUGAGCGACUCGUAUCUGCCCGGUGCCGCAGUCCUCGCCCACUCACUGCGCGAUGCAGGAACCACCAAGAAGCUGGCCGUCCUCGCCACGCUCGACACGCUGUCGGCCGACACGGUUGCGGAGCUCAAGGCCCUGUAUGACUAUGUCAUUCCCGUCGAGCGCAUACGCACCGCAAACCCCGCCAACCUUUAUUUGAUGGGCCGGCCCGACUUGGCCUUUACCUUCACCAAGAUUGCUCUGUGGAGACAGACGCAGUUUCGCAAGCUGGUAUACCUAGACGCUGACGUGGUAGCUCUGCGCGCUCUCGACGAGCUGUUUGACAUCGAGGCCUCCUUUGCUGCCGCGCCCGACAUUGGCUGGCCAGACGCCUUCAACUCGGGUGUCAUGGUCAUCACGCCAGACAUGGGCGAGUACUGGGCUCUGCAGACCAUGGCGGCCACAGGCGACAGCUUCGACGGCGCAGACCAGGGCCUGCUGAACCAGUACUUUGAGCACCGUCCGUGGCAGCGCCUCAAGUUUACCUACAACUGCACCCCGAACGCCGAGUACCAGUGGGAGCCCGCCUACCGCUACUACAAGCGCGACAUCGCCGCCGUCCACUUCAUUGGCAAGAACAAGCCCUGGUCGGGCCACCAUCCUGGCGGCAGUGGGGUAUAUGGUGAAUUGGUAGCGCGGUGGUGGGCAGUGCACCAGAGGCAUCUGCACAAAGCUGAGACUGGACAACAAGCUGCUGGUGAGACACAUGAUACUCAUAAUGAGCCCAUGAACUCUCCUUCUCCUGUCCCUGCUCCGGCAGAAGCAUCUGUCAUCACUACCGAGCCACCCAUGACUGCACUUCGUGAUGAGGCCCAAAAUGUUGACCAAGGUGUUGCAGAGCCCGCUUUCGAAGCCCCCCACAUGCAGUGGGACGCAACCAAGUUCGAGCCGCCGUCGCAAUCCAUCCCCGAAGCCGCCAACUUCCCGACCCAGACAUACACGUUCAGUGACAGUCCUUCGCUCUUCAAGGCGCCCCGCAACUAUCCAGAAGCGCCCAAGGACAUGUGGUACCAGGUACCGGAGACUGAACCCAAGCCUGCUGACAUGCCUAGGCCUAUCUUUCCGUGGGAGCAGGCUGCCGACCGACCCCAGCCGACGCGUGUGUUUGCCGAAGACCGUUCGCCAGAGCCCACUCCUACCGUCCAGUCACCGACUCACGCCUUUUCCACUGUACAUUACCAAGGAGAUGAUAAGACGCCCGCUGCACAAGAGACGGAGCAUGUUUCGCAUGAAAAAGCCGCAGACAACCAGUGGCAGACUUUCCAACAGAGCAAUGUCAAUGCAUGGGAUAAUGUUCCGGGAAUUGAUAGUUAUGUGCGCGCCAUAUCCGACAUGAGCGGGAAACGCGGUAAGACUCAGUCUCUCCAAAAGACCACAGGCACAGACGACAUUAGUUCGCCGCUGCUGGAGCGCAGAGAUCGCCGCGAAAGCCUCAUCCUCACCGACUUCCCCUCUGCAGUUGAGCGGCCGAGCCUUCCCGUAACCCCGGCGCCAGUCCGUCGCCCCAUGUUCUGGGGCGAGGAGAGGAACCAAGCGGGCGAACUGCCUUCUGCUACCGGUGUGCCCGACCAGACCGAAUGGGAUCCGGAGGAGAAACUGGAGGAGCUUCGACGCUCAUCGCUCAUCGAGUUCGAGCACUUGAAGAAGGAUGAGCACCCCGACCCACCACGGCGCGAGCUGCCAGAGCACUCGAUCGUAGGAGCGGCAGAUUCAGGCGACUCAUCCGAACAAGUCUUCACCAGGGACUUUGCGAGUAGCGAGUCGGCAUCAGAAGUCAAAGAGAGCUCUGCCCAGCACCACCAUUUGAGCCAGCACUUUACUUCUUCGUCUUCCAGCACUUUUGAGCAGACGUCGUCCAGUUCCACAUCCCAACAGGCCAUGUCCAGUUAUUCAUCGGGAAGCGAUGACCUUGUGGUAGGCCAGCAGGUCCAGGCUGGAGGAACGACGUUUACCGUGCCGUCUUUUGAAGAUGACGGCUCCCAAGUCAAGGCCGAUGGAGCGCGUCUGAGCCCAACGCAGACACGAGAGGAGUAA